CAUCGUCAUCAUAACCAUUCCACAGCUGGGCGGCUGCGGAGGCGGCGACCAGUGACAUUGGCAAGUCGUCAGGAAGGCAAAAUUCUCGCCAUGGACCGACCCGCGGCCGCCGCCGCCGCGCCAGCUCUGGCCACUUCGGUGCCGGCGCUGCAAAAGCGCUACGUGAUCGGCUUCGAGCAGGCGGGCCUGGCCGACUGGACCGAGAUGGAGUUCGCCAGCCCCAUACCGCGCUUCACCUCCUGCCUGGUGUGCGGCGCCAUCGCGUCCGAGAUGCUCUGGUCGCGCUGCUGGCACGUCUUCUGCCCGCUCUGCGCGGCCAUGAUGGGCAGCGAGGAGGGCGUCGUGGCCUGCCCGCUGGACGGCGCCGUGACGCCGCUCGACGCCCUCCACAGGGACAAGAUCGCACUCGAGGUGCUGCUCGCCUUCAGGGUGUACUGUCCAAAUCGGCCCCUCGGGUGCGACUACAUCGGCCCCAUGGACAAGCUCCGCGACCACACGCGACUCUGCGGCUUCUACAACAUCCAGUGCCAGAUAUGCGGCAGCUGGCUGAAACGCUUCCAGCUCAGGGACCACACGGCGCGAGGUUGCACGGCGACGGCGCCUCGCCCCGAACGAAAUUCCGCGCCAGCUCAGCGGAACGUGCACACGGUGGUGACGGGCGACCUGUACCCCGACAUCGCGCGAACCCUGACCGCUGCUGAGACGGCCCAGGCGGCGCCCACCCCUAGCGCCCCGAGCGCGGCGCCUUCCAGGCUCUCGGUCAUCUUCAACGGCAACAGCAAGGAGUACGACGUGCUGGGCAUGAUCGCGGCCAUGAAGGAGAUGUGCCAGGAGUACGAAGACUUCAGGAACGCCUUCAACGACGUUCGCGAGUCCGUCAGCCUGCACGCCGAGCAGACGCGCGCCGAAAUCGAGGACCUCGAGUCUAGACUCCGGGAGCAGCACCGGGUCUGGCGAGAAGACGUCGUGGGCGACGUGCGCCACCUGAGGAGCGUCCUGGGAACCAAGACGUUCGACUGGCAGGUGGCGCCCUUCUCGAAGCUCAAGAAGACGGCCGUCAGGAAGUGCACGCUGCUCAAGAGCGAAGACUUCUACGUCGGUCACCACGGCUACCGCGUGGCGCUUUCCGGGACGUUCUCGAAGAACCCGGCGGACGGACGCGUGUACCUGAGCGUCUACGUGCACCUGCUGCGCGGGAUGUUCGACGCGGCGCUCAAGUGGCCCUACCGGACGGUGACCACGGUGAAGCUGGUGAACCAGGAGGCGGCCGCGGACAAGGCGGUGACCUUCGACCCCGGCAACGCGUGCGAGGACGAGCAGGACAGCUUCCAGAGGCCCAAAGCGGAACGCAACGUCGGCUACGGUUUCCCGCUCGCCGCGCUGGAGGAAAUCGAGAACCCGGCCAACGGAUUCCUCAAGGACGACGCCUUUGUGGUCCAGUUCUGCGCCGACCUGGUGUAGACCUGACUGCCCGGUGUCUUUCUUUUUUUUGUGAACUGAUGUGUCCAAAGUUCAUUAUUCUCCAGCAUGUAAAUAAAUCACUGUGUCAGCCCCAA